AUGCGGCACUGCUACACACCGGUUGUUGAGCAAUACAAACCAGCCUUCGCGACGUCGUCGUUACCUGCCGAUUUACCCCUUCUCAUUCGAACUCCUUCGCCUGUUCAAGAAGCUCGAUGCUCAGGUCCCACUGAAGAUAUUCCCUGGUCACAAUGUCAACAUCUCUUGAACGCUUUGACAAUGUCCAUUCCCGUGCAAAUGAAAUAUGGGAUACGUCCAACAGUUCUGGUUGGCAGAGAACUAAAACGCAUCAUCUUUCGCGAACGGCAGUCACUGGAUUACAAACCAAACCUUCAGCACACCUUUCAGGCCCUUUCCCUUCUAAUGCCUGAGAAAGUGCUGGGCAAUCAUGCUUUCAGAGCAGCUGGGUUCACACAAUGCUCGUCUUCCAGAAGUAAUACCCCGGAAGCCUUAGAAAUCAUGGUCUUUCUCCUAUCCAAUGCCUUCUGCAGCUACCUAGACGACGGGCCGACCGAACGAGAUGUUGUCAAUCAAGCAAUUUUGGCCAUGUUCCGGGAGGUCAACGCUUGGAGAUUACUGAUCUCACAAAAAUAUGAGAAUCUCCCGCUUAGUCUUCAGGCUUUCUUGCAUCAAAUGUUCCAAAAGGCAGUCCUGGCAUCAGAUACAGCCACGAUUGAAUCUCUUGUCUCAGCCGGGGUUGACGUCGACCUUCCUCUUAAUCACCUACCUUUGAUGUUGAUAUGGGGACAACGGAGGCAUAUGACCGCAC